AGCAUUUAGGUUUUUCACCUUAGGCACUUAAAUGUAAUCGCAUGUGAGAUUUUAUAAUAUCAGUGAAGUGUGGGACUUUUGAUCAAAGUCCAUAAGUCAUAUCCGGUCAAUUCGGCACACUAUGAAACUUUUGUGUCGAAUAAAGUUAGAUUAUUGAACGAUGGAAACACAAUUUCAACACCAGCUUUUGGGACUGCAACGUAUUUUGUCAAUGAAAUUAAUUACACUAUAACUCAAUCAGUCUGUUGGGCGAUAGAAAGCGGUUUCAGGCAUAUAGAUACUGCUGCGUAUUACGCUAAUGAAGAUUUAGUGGGACAGGGUAUUAAAAAUGCAAUAAGCCGUGGGAUCGUGAAACGGGAAGACUUAUACGUUACUACUAAGCUGCCAUUGGAAACAGAUAAACGCAAAAAAGUGGUGCGAGCUCUUGAGCUAUCCUUGAAGAGAUUGCAGUUAGACUAUGUGGAUUUGUACCUUAUUCAUUGGCCGGUUAAUGUGUUCGGAAAAAAGAAAUUUGAUCUCCUGGAUAUCUGGUAUGGCAUGGAAGAUGUAAAAAAGUUGGGGUUGACAAAGUCCAUUGGCGUUUCAAAUUUCAAGAAAGAACAUUUUGAUCUCAUCUUGCCUUAUUGCACAACACAACCUGCUGUUAAUCAAAUUGAGGUAAACCCUACAUUCACAAAUACAGAAUUGGUGCAGUAUUGUCAGAACCAGGGGAUUAUUGUGAUGGCUUAUGGACCUCUAGGUUACACGGUCCCUAGGCCCUGGGCCCGUAACAAUCGACCACCACCUUCAUUGGACGACCCAGUGUUGGUGAAAAUAGCCAAAAAAUACGGCGUCACUACAAGCCAAGUUGCCCUGCGUUAUUUGAUGGAUCGGGGCACUGUACCAAUCCCGAGAUCUACCAAUAAAAAUCAUAUUCAGUUGAACAUUGAUCUAUUCAACUUUUCUCUUACUGAUGAAGAUGUGGAGAGAAUCAGCAAUUUUAACAUAAAUAGACCAGUCUACGCCGCCGCAACACCAGCUGUAAUUGCUGAAGAUUAUAAAAUGAGGAUGCUGCACGGAAAUCAGCGUAAUAGGAAAUUAUAUCCAUUGUAA